AUGACGAACCCGUUCCAUGGUUCUUCGCAUUAUACCGAUUCCAACACGCCUAUCAGCAGCUCUGAUCUCCUCCCACGACGCUUCUCCUACGCCUCAGUCGCCUCUGGAGCACCCCCCACCCUUAACCCACCUUACCUCUCCCAUCCAGGACGGACCUCGGUCAUCUCUCAGAUUCUAAACUCCUCUGACGAUAUCACCUUCGAAGCCCCCGCGAGCAGCUACGAUCCGAGCAGGGGCGGCGAUAUGGAUGAGGACAGGAACGGCGCCAGCCUCAACGGGGCGUCCGGGCGGUAUUCGCGGGGUCAGCAAGCUCCUUCCUUCUCGAGGGUCUUUGAUAUGUUCAUGUCGGCCCCGGCAGGUGAUUCAUCAGGUGUCGCAAAUGGAAAUGGGAGUGGGUUUUUUGUCCCCUCAUACCUGGCUGGUUCAACGUACGUCCAGAGGCUGGAGGAUGCGCACUGGGCGAAGUUGCAAGCGCAGAAAGAUUCUCAGGCGGCCCAGGUGCAGGGUGCUGGAAACCUGACCGCGAGCGCCAGCAGCGUCAGUCUUCACGGCAAGCCGGCUUCACAUCGCGGCGUGAACUAUGACGUGAUCGAGAAGCCCCCCGCGUUUGAGGAGGACGAGUCGUUUACCCCGCUGCCAACGAGGUGGAACCGAGACGACAAGUAUGGAGCUUUGGACAUUCUGUCAGACGGGUUGGAGGUCAGGUAUAUCGGGCCGCGAGGACAAACAGAACGCGACCACGAGGCCUACAGUAUACGGGCCGACUAUCAUAUGCCACCACAAUGCGGUAUCUACUAUUUUGAGGUUCAGAUUCUGUCAGGAAAGCGAGACGAUAUGACGAUCGGUAUCGGGUUCUCGGCGAAGACGGUAGCGCUGUCGCGGCCUCCGGGUUGGGAACCAGACUCUUGGGGCUACCACAGCGACGACGGUCACUGCUACGCCGGGCAGAACGGCGGCAAAGCCUACGGUCCGCCAUUCACCGCGUCGGACGUGAUCGGAUGCGGUAUCAACUUCCGCACGGGCUGUGCCUUUUUCACAAAGAACGGACAUAUACUUGGUACGGGCAUCUUGUCUCUUGGCAAAGUCCAGUCCCCGAAGUUGAAUUCGACUGACAUGGUGUUACUAGGCACGGCGUUCCGCGAAAUCGGAAAAGGAAAUAACCUCUACCCCACAGUUGGGCUGAAGAAGUCAGGGGAGCACGUGCGAGUCAACUUUGGCCGAAGCCCCUUUGUUUUUGACAUUGUGGGAAUGAUGACUGCGGAAAAAGCCCGCGUCCAAAAUGAGAUCGCUGAGACGAGCACAUUGAGUCUCGCGCCGUCAAUGAAUGAGACGGAGCUGAUCCAAGCCCUGCAUGACGGUUAUGUCGAAACGGCGAGAGCAUUUGCAGAGGAGAUCAACGCCGAGAAAAAGGCGCUGAGUCUCGACCCGAAUGCUCCCAUCGAGGGGAUUAAUGUCAAAGACGAUGAGCAUGCUAACAAGCGGCAACGCAUCCGAAGAGCUGUGCUGGAGGGCGACAUCGACAGGGCACUUAAGUACACCAACGCUUCGUAUCCCCAGGUUCUCAAAGACAACGAGCCGGUCUACUUCAAAUUACGUUGUCGCAAGUUCAUCGAAAUGGUCCGAUCCGGCGCAGAGCUGAGGGCGGCUGCGGAGGGUAAGAAAAGCAAUGGGCACUCCGGCGGCGUUGACCUUAGUGCUUCAGCAAUGGACCUCGAUGCCAACGGCGCCGAGAAUGGCGCGUGGGACCAGAUGGACACCGAGGAUUCUGAGGGCGGCGCGCCUCUCGGCAUCGACGAACUGGAGCUGGCCACCUUGCAGUACGGCCAGACUCUCCAGGCGGAGUUCAAGAAUGACCCGCGACGAGAGGUAUCGAAACACUUGCAAGACAUCUACUCGUUGCUCGCAUAUAGCAACCCCUUGUUGGAGAAGGAUGUUGCCCAUCUCCUUGACAGGAAAGGACGCAUAGCAGUAGCAGAGGAACUCAACUCUGCGAUUCUUUUGUCAUUGGGCAAGUCAUCUCGGGCUGCUCUCGAAAAGGUCUACGCUCAAACGAGCGUUCUGCUGGACGACUUGCGAGAAAACGGCGGACCAGGCGCCUUCGUAUCGUUACAGGACGUCAUCGAAGAUAUCCCAAAGUCUCCCUACUAG